AUGCAGUUCCACGGACUAGGAGUAGGACAAAAUAAUCUCGAACAUAAGAACCACGAGGCCGAUGAAAAACGGGUGACACGACCGACGGCCACGGCACGACCGGCGGCCACAACUCGACCGGCGCCACCAACGUCGACAAGUCGGGCACCCGUGAGACUGCCACCCCGACCACUAAUGGAGAGACCGACACCAGCGCCGAGGACAUCGACCAUCCCGCCUCCAGGAACGCCCGUCAACCCGCUGUCAAUACGAGACACCACCACUGACACAACACCACCGGCCUCACUUAACGCCCGCCAGCGCCGAAACAAGCAGCGGAUGCGGGACUACAAGGCGAAGCAGACGUCCCAGCAACACCACCUGGAAAAACUGGCGUCAACACCAGCCCCCGCCCCGUCACAGCCAGAGCCUGCGACACCAGACCUCACCGUGGUCACGGUACCGGAAGUGACAAACACUUCCGGAGCAACCGGAACCGCGGAACACCUAACAGCCGCGACCCCUAAAACCGCGGAUAUGGAAAUAUCCCCGGAAGAGGAGGCGGACCUGUUAGGUGAGACGGACGCGGGCAUGGCUGGCACUGAAGACAUGGAGGUCAGCCUCAUGUACUUCAGUCCCCCACGUCCCCCCAACAUGACUAGACACCACCAGGGCCACAUCCGCUGA